UGCAUUCCCAUAUAUUACCAGUUCCAGACUACAUCAGGUUCUUCAUCGGCCAAUUCAUACCUCAGUCAGUUUCUUGCUGAAUGUCAGUUUCAUCAUGCCCUAUAAUCCACGUUCGGAGGUACAGUGCAUUGGCCCCCCGGUGCAGAGGAACAAAAGCGCUUCUCCUGCUUAAGCAAGGAGGGCCGGAGGCUGCACUGGCGGUGGUCAGAAGGACAUGUUUCCGUACUAAAACACGACAGCUCUGCUGGUCGAUCACCCAAUCCGCUGUUUCAAACAUCUCUCGUCUAUGUCACUCAAUUAUUUCCGACAUCUGCCACAGCAGUCAAGGGUUUUCUGGGCGUCUGUGUGAGCCCUGGCCCUCACCAGAAAGAUCCAUCAUGAAAGGAGGUGCCACCAGCGCUAUUCCGCGGAGGGAGUAGGCUACCUCAAGGUAGUCAUGAUGUAGCGUCAUGAGUUCCAGGUACCAGAAAGGGAAUUCUCACUCAAGCUCGAUGCCACUCUGGACGACAGCAAGACCCGCUCCAUCAGGUCUCUUGUGAACUGGGCCAAGACGGCACAGUACAUCGAGCCGGGAACCAUCAAGCCCCGCCUGUCAUGCAACAGGGGCACACAUGAAGUACGUUUUGGUACGGGGUACCCUUCUCUACCUCUCAUUGAACCUCUAUCUGUCUUUCAUCUAGUUAUCACCGAAAAAAGGACCACGGACCUCCAAAAUACAGCCAAGCUUUGCGGCGGAGACACCCCUGCAACAUGGGGACGUGCUUCCAUGUAUUACUCCCCGACAGAACGCUUCUACCUAUUACUGCAUGCUCAUAUUCGAUAUCAUAUCAGCUGCAAUUGCAUGUUGUCCAACGCACAUGAACCCAGACAGACGCUGUGACGUAGAGCAGCGAGCCAAUCAGGGAUACCGAGACGAGGUGCGAAGUAUGGGUCAAACCACACGAUAGGACGUGGUGACUGUUUCGGCAUGGCGGUGCAAGGCAUUACAUUGCAUUGCAUCGCAUCGCAUGGCAUUAUGUACAGAGGCGAGACACUAGACAAAGUUCUUGUCCCCCAGCCGCGCGGUACUGAUCUGUUUGUGGUAUAACGAGGCGGCGGCGGAGGGGCACUAGGGCUUGGUUCACCCAGACCUCACUGAUGCUUGGUUUCCUACGUUCCAUUAAUUCUUCGAGCAUGUUUGAAGCAGCACUGGGGAACAGUUGCCGCAUUUCUAUCCGUGCCCGUACCGCCAGAUUCAACGUUAGCGCUAAUGAAUAACACCAGCUCAAAGCAGAGCCGAUGCACUUCAGCGGUCGAUGCGGUGUGGUGCGGUGCAUCCCUGCGGGUACCCUCAGGGGGUUGACUGGCCGCCGUUGCGUCUCUCUAAAAGCUUCCCACGAUUCGAAAAUGGGUAUUGUCUACCUAGCAAUGGCUGGGCUAGAAUGCACCCUGGUAGCAAAAGGAAAACCUGCCGCGGUUAGAAGUUUUAACGGCCAUGUCGUUGAUAUGCGCGAGUCAAAGGGUGCUUUGUACGACAAAACUAGGUAGGAGAUCUCGGAAAGUAGGCGUGGAUGCGGUAGGUAAGGUAGUGUUUGUAUCACGUCCUCGACCUACCUGGCUUGGAAAGCUACCGCCUCCACUGCCACCUACCUACGUACCUAUUGACAUGUGCCAUGGAUGGUUUGGCUGACCAAGCUCUGGGAGUGGUUUUGAUUUCCAGCUUGUUCGAGGCUUAUCCGAACCUCACACAAGCCGAAAUCAACGUGACAUUCAUCAGUCAUGGAAUAUUCCAGUUGUAACAUGAAUCUGCCUUUAAAAAUGGAGAGUCGUGAUAUUUUCCUCCCGA